CGGGGAGGGCCUGGCUCUCUUUUUUCAAAAGCUCUUAUUUGGGCUUCUGCAAACUCGAAGCUCCACCCCAGAUCCCUGUGCCUGAGUCUUAUUUAAGGGGAGCUGUCUCACUGAUCACUUUGUCCCAGUGGAAGCAUCAGUCCCGCGACACAACUUGACCAUCUCAGAAACCAACCAUGUGUGACGACGAAGAGACUACCGCCCUUGUGUGCGACAACGGCUCUGGCUUGGUCAAGGCUGGAUUUGCCGGUGAUGACGCUCCCCGUGCUGUCUUUCCUUCCAUUGUUGGAAGACCCCGCCACCAGGGUGUGAUGGUCGGUAUGGGUCAGAAGGACAGCUACGUUGGUGAUGAGGCCCAGAGCAAGAGAGGUAUCCUGACCCUCAAGUACCCCAUUGAGCAUGGCAUCAUUACCAACUGGGACGAUAUGGAGAAGAUCUGGCACCACACCUUCUACAAUGAGCUCCGUGUGGCCCCUGAGGAGCACCCCACCCUGCUCACUGAGGCCCCCCUCAACCCCAAGGCCAACAGGGAGAAGAUGACCCAGAUCAUGUUUGAGACCUUCAACGUCCCAGCCAUGUAUGUGGCCAUCCAGGCUGUCCUGUCCCUGUACGCCUCCGGUCGUACCACUGGUAUUGUGCUGGACUCCGGUGAUGGUGUUACCCACAACGUGCCCAUCUAUGAGGGUUAUGCUCUCCCCCAUGCCAUCAUGCGUCUGGAUCUGGCCGGUCGUGACUUGACUGACUACCUGAUGAAGAUCCUGACUGAGAGAGGCUACUCUUUUGUCACAACUGCUGAGCGUGAGAUCGUGCGUGACAUCAAGGAGAAGCUGUGCUAUGUGGCUCUGGACUUCGAGAACGAGAUGGCUACUGCUGCUUCCUCCUCCUCCCUGGAGAAGAGCUAUGAGCUUCCCGAUGGUCAGGUCAUCACCAUUGGUAACGAGCGUUUCCGUUGCCCAGAGACCCUCUUCCAGCCUUCUUUCAUUGGUAUGGAGUCUGCUGGUAUCCAUGAGACCGCUUACAACAGCAUCAUGAAGUGCGAUAUUGACAUCCGCAAGGACCUGUACGCCAACAAUGUCCUGUCUGGUGGUACCACCAUGUACCCUGGUAUUGCUGACCGUAUGCAGAAGGAGAUCACUGCUCUGGCCCCCAGCACCAUGAAGAUUAAGAUCAUUGCUCCCCCUGAGCGUAAGUACUCCGUCUGGAUCGGUGGCUCCAUCCUGGCUUCCCUGUCCACCUUCCAGCAGAUGUGGAUCACCAAGCAGGAGUACGAUGAGGCCGGCCCAUCCAUUGUCCACAGGAAGUGCUUCUAAAUCAGCACUCCCAUUUGUACUGUCUCUUUUACUGUAUAUACAUGUUAUGUUGUAAUAAAUGUGGAUCAGUAUGACAGUG